CACCGGAAGUAGCUUCUGUUUUUAUCCUGUCCGUCGAGCUACGAUAUGUGAGAAAGACUUGUACGGGAAGAGGAGAAGAGACCGUAGACGUGUGGGUUCGACCUAAAUAUCUGGUGUUCUCAGGUGGCACCGAGCCUUUCCGGACUGACACCGACCACAAAACCGAGGCUAUUUCUUUGGAUCUGAUACACUUUCUGUAACGGUGUCCGUCUAUCUGAGCCGAUAAAAGAUGUCUGGACAGAGCAUUACGGACCGGAUAACCGCUGCUCAACACAGUGUCACCGGGUCUGCGAUUUCCAAAACUGUGUGUAAGGCGACCACGCAUGAAGUAAUGGGGCCAAAAAAGAAACAUCUGGAUUACUUGAUUCAGUGCACAAAUGAGAUGAAUGUGAACAUCCCUCAGCUGGCUGACACACUGUUUGAGAGGACCACCAACACCAGCUGGGUGGUUGUCUUCAAGUCCCUCACCACCACACACCACCUGAUGGUCUAUGGCAAUGAGAGAUUUAUACAAUAUCUGGCUUCAAGGAACACACUAUUCAACCUCAGCAAUUUUUUGGACAAAAGUGGCCUACAAGGCUAUGAUAUGUCAACGUUCAUCAGGCGGUAUAGCCGUUACCUGAAUGAGAAGGCUGUGUCCUACAGACAAGUUGCUUUUGACUUCACUAAAGUGAAAAGAGGGUCUGAUGGUGUGAUGAGGACCAUGAACACAGAGAAGCUCCUCAAGACCAUCCCUAUUAUCCAAAAUCAGAUGGAUGUGCUACUUGAUUUCAAUGUCAAUGCCAAUGAACUAACAAACGGUGUGAUCAACGCAGCCUUCAUGCUUCUGUUCAAAGAUGCGAUCCGACUGUUUGCAGCCUACAAUGAGGGCAUAAUCAACCUGCUGGAAAAAUACUUUGACAUGAAGAAAGUCCAGUGCAAAGAAGGUCUUGACAUCUAUAAGAAAUUCCUCACACGGAUGACAAGAAUCUCAGAGUUUCUCAAAGUUGCAGAGCAAGUGGGAAUUGAUCGAGGAGACAUCCCAGAUCUGUCUCAGUUUACGGUGUGUGCCCCCAGCAGCCUGCUGGAUGCCCUGGAGCAGCACUUGGCCUCUUUAGAAGGAAAGAAAGUGAAAGACUCGACAGCAGCCAGCAGGGCCAGCACCCUCUCCAACGCUGUCUCCUCUCUGGCCAACACCGGCAUAUCCUUCACCAAAGUGGACGAGAGGGAAAAACAGGCAGCCCUGGAGGAAGAGCAGGCUCGCCUAAAAGCUCUAAAAGAGCAGCGUCUGAAAGAACUCCAGAAGAAUCCUGCCAUGGCGACCACAGACUCCUCCCCUGUCUCUACGGUGGGUGGGACCAUCAACUCAAAUCCUGCCAUCGACCUCUUCUCCACCCCUAGCUCCAAUAACGGCACCUCCAAGGCAGCCAAUGACCUGCUGGACCUGCAGCCAGCCUUCCAGCAGCCACUGCCUCUCUCCACAGCCAACACAUGGGGAGAUCCUUUCACCUCUGCUGCAGAAGCUGCCGAGGACUCCAUUCCAAACUCAAACCCUUUCCUCACACUACCUGUUGUCGACGCCGUCCACCUGUCCACGGCAUCCUCUGACACUGGCAGUCUGUCCUCUAGGACACCUAGCCAUGAAGUGUUCGAUCAUUACAAUCCCUUUUUUGAUUCAAGCUCUUCCCUGGCAUCUGAUCUUGAUACCACCGAGCAUUUUAUCACAGACUCCUUCUGUGGGCCAAACCCUUACACCACCACUCCUCUCUUCCAAUCUGAGCCCCCUGCUGUAGCUGGUCUAUUCAGAGGGUUUACAGCCUCCCCAACGCCCCAGCAGCCACAGAACUCUCGAGGCCUUAAUGUCGACUUUGACUCUGUAUUUGGCAACAACACCAACGCCAACAACCUGGAUUCUACAGACAUUUUAGGUGGCAUCCUGAAACCUACAGUGGCAUCUUCACCCAAUCAGGGCUUGACCCCCAACGGCCAGCAGCCCAACAAGCUGGUGUCCAAUGACCUGGACUCCUCACUGGCCAAUCUUGUAGGCAAUCUGGGAAUUGGCAACGGCACAGCAAAGAAUGAUCUUCACUGGAGUCAGCCCGGUGAGAAGAAGCUCACGGGUGGCACCAACUGGCAACCCAAAACGGCUCCUUCCACCACUUGGAACCCGGCAACCAUGAACAGCAUGAAUUUCCCACAAUACGCACCAUCUGUCAUGGCCUUCCCUGCAACCACACCGACAGGCAUGAUGGCAUAUGCGAUGCCCCCACAUAUGGGCUCUAUGAUGAUGUCGACACAGCCCACUAUGAUGUACACCCAGCCUGUGAUGAGGCCGGCCAACCCCUUUGGUCCCGCCCCCGGUGCACAGAUGCAGUUUAUGUAACCUGAAAAGGGGAGGAGCCUUUUCCCGUCUGAAGAUGAUAUUAAACAAAGUCAACUAUUCGAGCAAACCUCCAGUUUGCUUCUAACGAACUCACCUCUCUCUGAGAAUGAAAGGCCCAAAUAAGACUUGUUGAAUAAAAAUCAUGGUGACUUGGAGCAGCUCUGGCCAUCGCAGAGAGGCGUCACAGUGGACGUUGUGCCCAUCUAGUCAUGUCUAAGUCAUAGAAGAAGGAGGAGGCUGUCAUUAAAAAAAAAAAAACAAAAAAAAAAACCAUGUGGACAGGGAUCACUCAGCCCCGACCGCAUCCUGGACCAAGAGAGAAAACCCAAAGGGAAACAUUUUUGACAUCACUGUUCGUGUACCUGGGGGAAAUGAAGUGGGUCGUCGUCGCACUUAACACACAGAAUCGUCUUUAUUUGUUCCUCUUUCUCCAGAUGAGGCUGGGAGAGUCACUUCUAUUGAUCACCAAACAUGAUUAUCUACUUAAACCAUCCUCAGAUUAGAAAAAAAAAUUAUAUUUCAUACUCCUGUUUAUACCACAAACUUUUGUUUUUUUUCUUUAAUUUUUUUAUGUAUUGUUUGCAGUAGACAUUCCUUGUGUUUUGUUUGUAUUUAUUUAUGAUUACCUGCAAAGAGGAUGAUAUUAAAAAAACAAAACAAAAACAAAACAGGAAAUGUAACUAGUCAUUGGCCUCCUCCUUGUGGAAGGUCUUCAGGUUUAUACAUAGGUAUGACUGAUUGUAGAAUUGGAUUUUGAGUGAUUGAGAUGAUUUUUAAAAGAAGUUAAUAUAAAGAGAUGACACAUUUUGCUGUUGGGGCACUAAAUAUUCUCUGUACUCGCAUGAUGCCUUGUACAGUUGUGUGUGGCCUGGGUGGUCGCACUAAGGAUGUGUAUGGAUAUUUAAAAAAAAAAAAAAAAAAGAUAAAGAAAAAAAAAAAAAUCAUGAACACCGGCAGUUCGGUGGGGUCAAUUUCUACCAAUUUGGCGAGGGAACAUUUUUCACAUCAGCACUACAUUUUGUGUGCGAGGCAGCAUUGCAUUGGAAAGGAAUCUGCAUUUAUGCUUUUGACGCUUUCGGCAUGCCAUUUAUUCUUACAUUUAACAAAGCUCCUGGCUGCACUUCUCCAAACUGAAUGUGCAGGGUCCCUUUCAUGCUCAGAUCAUGUUUCCAUAGGCGAGCACCGGGGCAUUUAGGACAAUAGGAGUGGGGGGGUGGGGGGGCACGGUGAGGGCAUCGGGGUGGAGUCUGUGCUCAGCCGGUAACAGGGCUUUGGAGCGUGGGGAGGGUCUUUGUCCGGUUGUGCAGGAGAAUGGAGCACUGUUGAUCGGUGCUUUGUGUAUAUAAAACUGAUCCUGCCAAUCACAGGGAGGCAGGGGGCGGGUCAGAAAGAUGCCCUGAACAUGAAAGUGGCUCUAAACCCAUUAACUGAGCAUAUUUGCUGCAUUGUCCCUGCAGAUUAUAUUUUGUUUGUUUGAUUUUUCCAAUAAAGUGCAAGCUUCCACAGU